AUGCUGUCCGACGGCGACCGCAUCCAGGUUUUGGGAAGGAUCGCAAGUGCGCGUGAAGCUGGGAUCCGACAAGAACUAAAGCCGAAUCCGGAAGGAGUGGCUCGUAGGGCUGAAGAGGCAACAACACGCAUGUUCUACAAUUACUUCUGCCCCGUUCAACAACGUCUUGGGUAUGCACGGCAAAACUUCGACGAGAUAGAUGCUUGUGUCUGCGCGAAGACCACUUCGCAAUGUUGGACGAGCAAAAUGUCCAACGACCUAUUUGCUGCUUUUGGAAGCCCACCACCCAGCAAUAAACAAUCCCAUGAAGCAGAAGACCCAUGGCGGCAGUUAGCCAACGCCGAUGACAGCCAACCAUGGACGGAACCCAAUGCGAAGCAACCCAAAUUGUCUGGCACGUCAGAUUUGGCCAGCCAGGCGGACAACGACGACGAUGACUUUGGAGACUUUGAAGACGCUUCAGUAACAACAACUGCACAACCUACAGCAGAGAAGCCAGACGGUGUACCUUCGCGGGCCUCAGCAGCGUCGUCUGCCGCGUCUAAAACGAGCUCUCGCAGUACACAGAAGCCAUUCCCUCCCAAGGCGCCUCCUUCUCAGCCAGCCAAACCUGCGGCUAAGCCGAAAGACAGCGCCCGGCACCCUUUUGCCAAUCACAUGGAUCUGCUUUUUGAGACCGGUGACGAUGAGUAUGAUGCCGGAGCUGACGAGUUGGCCGAUCUGUCCAACAACCCUGAGGCCGCUAUGGCAUAUUCGAAGCGGAUCAUCGCAGAACAGCAAGCCGCUCAGGAAAAGUCUCAGCCUGUGGUUCGAAAACAACCUAUCUCCACGGCGGUUCCAAAAUCAGAGCCUAAACCUGCGCCUAACAAGCUCAGGAAAAAGUCUGGAUAUGCGCCACCAAGCCGCAAUGCUGAGGUCCUGUUCGACGCCGACACUGUCAGUGCUGGGGAGGACGAUGAUUUUGGAGAUUUCGAGGAUUGGCAGGAAACAGCGAUUCAUUCGAGGACUCCUUCGAAGGCCAAAGCUACCCAGAAACAGGUUGCUAUGCCUGCGCUAGAUCUACUUGGACUAGAUGAAGCGCCCGAAGUUAGCAGUGGAUAUGACAGCACAUCGAAGGGCGUUACCUCACCAAAACCCUCUGAUCUGAAGUCAGCUCAGGAGAGGGUCCACCAAAAUCCACAACCUAACCUGUCGAGUGUCUCCGCUGCUGAAGACGAUGAAUGGGCGGACUUUGAGACGACCGCACCACAGUCUCCGCCAAUACCUACUCCCUCAAGACCGCUUCCGAGCUCGGGUCCCAACACUCAUCGGUCUCACGCCACUGUCAAACCAGAACUCCUCCCACCAACCAAUAUACCAACCCCCAUAAUGCUCCUCUCGCUGUUUUCACCCCUCUUCUCUUCUGCAGACGACGCACUAUUCGACACCCUCUCCAAGCUAGAUCUCAAGCAACGCCAGGCUCUUCUCGCUCACCCAGCCAGCCAUCAAUUCCUCCGCGGCUACCUCGGUCACUGCGGUGUCCUCGCCCACAUCGUCGCCGGCCGCAAGCUCCGUUGGAAGCGAGACCAGCGCCUCUCACAAAACAUGCGAAUCGGUCCUGCCGCUGCUGGCGGCAAAGGUGGGAUGAAGCUUACCGGCUUGGACAAGACCGAGGUUGCGAAGGAAGAUCGAGAAGUCGUUGAUGUGCUGCGGCUGUGGAAGGGUCAGGUAGGCAAGUUGAGGACCGCUGUGACCGCGGCAUCCGCUACGCCGGGUUUGCCGAAGCUGCCGCAUGUGCCGGAGAUUGCGGAGCAGAUGCCUGUGAAGACGUUGAAGCAGACUGAGGGCGGGAUUAUGGCACCGCAUGCGUGCGCACUCUGUGGGCUGAGGAGGGAGGAGAGGGUGGCAAAGGUUGAUGUAGAGAUUGAGGAUAGUUUUGGAGAGUGGUGGGUUCAGGGUAUGAAUAUGCAUGUGGUGUGUAGGAAGUUCUGGGAGGAGUUUGAAAGGAAGUUGAAGUCGAGAUAG